UUCAAUACAUUAUGAAGUUAAAAGAGUAGUAUUUGUCUUCAUAAUCAUGUGGUUCUAUUCAUUUUCUAAGCUGACCCUUCGCUUUCUGCUCGUUAAAUAGGAAAACAGUUAUAUCGAAAAGGAGGUAGUUGGGCACAUAGUAUAGUAUCUCUCGGUUAUAAUUCUGGUUGGUUUAGAUGUUAUUUCAACCAUACGUGGAGGGAAUCAGUCUUACGUAUGUGUUUAUGAAUUAGGUAUCGUCCAUACUGUUCUACACUUACCAGCAAGCGCCACACAGAGGUAAAGUUGAGGUACAUAAAAUUGUUUGUGUGAGAAGCCAUUGUGAAUAAGCUAUUUAACUUGAAGACUACUUGUUAGCUGUUUUCGUUACUAUUUAUUUAUUUUUUCACUAUAGCACCCAACAGAAACACACACAGACCUAGAGUAUAGCCUAUAGAUAAAAUAGCGAAUAGAUAUAAUAGAGAAUAGAUAAGAUAGAAAAGAUACAGAAUAGAGAAAGUUUAGAGAUGAAUUUGUUCACACGUAAAAUCUUUAUCAGAGGUAAAUAAUUAAUAUGCCAGAAAUAUAAAGGGAAUAUUAAAAGAUCAAAAACGUGUCAUAAAUGAAAAUCAAAAUAGCUUACAGACCAUUGAAUUACCGAACCCCAACAGUGUAAAAUGUUUCAUCAAUACAGUUUUUACUCUCAUCUUCAGUUCGCCUGCUGCCCGUGAGCGGGUCGGCCGUGUUUACGUGGCUUUCUCCCUUCUGCUUUUCUCAUGAGGCCCAAGGAUCGCAAACGUCGCCUUGCCCGUUCCAGACGGCUUUUAUCCCAGGAGCAUGCCUAUUCACUCUCUGGGAGGGAGUCCAGAGGUCGCUCACGGAGUCCUGCCCGUUGACAGUGCCGCCGCUGAAGUCUCCUCUUUAACCCUGCCUCCCGCCGCCGCCAUGGGCCAAGAUACAGAAAAACCACGCUCGGACGUGACUCCCCCGCCACCUGCUACUGACCUCUGAGGUCCCCCGCUCCAGAAGACGAGGUCCCCGCUACUCCUGCCCCGGGAGAGGGUCAGGACAUUGGUAUGGAGACGACGGAGGUUGAAGGCGUUCCUGUUACCCAGGGUCAGUUGGAUAGGAAGAGACGAAGUUUGUUGUGGUCCCGUAUCACAUGUCAAGAGACAACGGGUGCCAAGCACCUAUGGUUCAUGGCAUCAUGGGUCUCCUCAAAUAACACCCUGGGGCCAACCCGCUGUUCAAGGAAGGUAGGAACGUCCCUUACAUCACGUUGGAGAACGGGCCUGUGUUUCCUAUGCUGGUCACGGAGGGCUUUUAAGGGGAAGUCAUGGUGCCGCUGAAGGAGGCACGCGGGCUGUUCUUGUCCACGGUGUGCCCACAUAUGUGUCUGUCAGCUGCUUGGCCACACCUCCGGGCUUUCUGUCGUUGAGGAGACGGUUUGUGGGUCUUCUUGACUGCACCGAGCCAAUUAGUUAUGGACGCGCCGCCGUCCACAACUAAUUGGCUCGGUGCAGGUCAACAUCCCUGAGGACGUGUGGAUCUGUGGCCUGGGCAGCAAGAGGGUCACUCCUUACACACUAUCAAGGUUCCAGAGUUGGGUGCUGCAAUCGGAAGGGGAUAACAAACAAGAUAAAUGGUUAGACACCAAUUUACUUUAAAUAAAGUAAAGAAACCCACAACAGCCUCACAAACACUGAAGUCUCCAACACGAAGGCUUCAGCACUCCAGACUCAGGAUGUACACGACCUCUCCCCGACAUCCGUUGGCACUUAUCACAGGAACGACAGUAAGCACGGAUGUCUGCUCCUAUACCUGGCCAGAAGAAAUGUUCAAAGAUCUUCAUCUCCAUCCUACGACGAGAGAAAUGUCCGGCCAAGGGACUGUCAUGGGCCGCGGAGAGGAUGAUCUGACGGGAAACACUUGGCACAACUAGACAAUGUUGGUCUACCUUGUUGGAAAGCUGGGAGGUGAGGCACUUCUUGUAGAGAAGCCCGUGGAGGUACAGGUACUUGAAGGAUGACCCGUUACUGGCUCUGUCGACUUGUCCAGAAGCUGCUUUCUGACGUAUCGUUGCUAAGGAGUCACACGAGGCUUGAAGCUGGGCGAAGUCUUGAGGGGUUACUGAAAGAGGUAGAAGUUCCGGAAGGACAAGCGGAUGAUGCCUCUUCAACCCACCAGCACGGGUGGUAGCUGCGUGUACCUGGUUGGCUGCAGGGGGCGUCUUAACACGAGGAGUAGAAAUCCCUCGCUGCAAUUUUGAAGAGGAGGAUGCACUGGAAGAAUCAGAUGGAGAUUGAGAAGAGUCAGGGUCAUGGGGAUCCCUUACCCCAGGGACAUUUUCGAUGAGGGCCCCAACAAACUUGAUAGGAGCUCGUACCACCUCAGUCCAACCGGUGAAGUAGGAACAGCCCAAGUGGCACCUCACCGCGGGAAACUUGUCCACUCGUCCUAGGUAGUCAACAAGUGGGGCCUUCGGACAACUCUCAACAUCUUAAUCAGGUAGUAAGUCUUCAGAGACGAUUACAUAGGAACAGCCAGUAUCCCUGAUGAUGUUGGAGUUCCAAGAUCCAUUAAAGUAAAUUGGGGCCUAACCAUUUAUCUUGUUUGUUAUCCCCUUCCGAUUGCAGCACCCAACUCUGGAACCUGGACAUGUGGCGACCUCGCCAGGAUUGGGUCAACUGCUAAUCGGAAGGGUUGGCUUGUUAAGUCGCUUUUACGCGCCACUUGCUGUCUGCGGCCCAGAAGUAUGUGUUAAUCCUUCACCGUUCUUUUCUGGCUGUUGUAUGCCCACGGUGGGAUUUGUUGGUGCUGCCAUAGCACUUUUUCAGCCCUUGUGCUGACCAUGUUUACCCCAAUCACUCGUUGAGUAUUGGAUGGGCUUCUACGCCUCUUAUUACCUUUUUGCAGGGUUUUACUAAUCUUUCUUCAUUGUUUUCCCUAUUGUGUUUUGGUUCUUCCUGUUUGUUUGGUUCUGUGUUGAAUUUCCUUUGUCUUGUUUUUUUGUUGUUGUUUUUUUGGGUUUUUGUUCUUUGUCUGGUUUCUUGUACUAUUAAUUGGUAUUGUUCUUUAUUGGGGUGUUAAUUGGUCAUUGCCUUUGUUGGAUUAUUUUUGCUUUGUUUUCUUUUGCUAAUCAUAAAAACAUAAGAACAUAAGAACAUAAGAGUCUGCAAGAGGCCGGUAGGCCUGUACGAGGCAGCUCCUCUGAACCUAAGCUCCCGUGUAGCUCUCGUGUAUCUAACCCCACCUAAUAUCGCUGUCCAUGAAUUUAUCUAAUCUAUUUUUGAGUGUGACAAUUGUAUUGGCACUCACCACAUGACUGCUAAGCCUAUUCCACUCAUCUACCACCCUGUUUGUAAACCAAUUUUUGCCUAAAUCCCUGUUGAAUCUGAAUUUAUCCAGUUUAAACCCAUUACUUCGUGUCCUUUUUUUUUUUUUUUUUUUUUUUUACAGCAAAGGAGACAGCUCAAGGGCACAAAAAAGUAAACAUUAAUAAUAAAAAAGCCCGCCACUCGCCGCUCCCAAAAAGAAUCCAAAGAGGUGGCCGAAAGAUAAGUCAGUUUCGGGAGGAGAGGUGUCCUGAUACCCUCCUCUUGAAAGAGUUCAAGUCGUAGGCAGGAGGAAAUACAGAUGAAGGAAGAUUGUUCCAGAGUUUACCAGCGUGAGGGAUGAAAGAGUGAAGAUGCUGGUUAACUCUUGCAUAAGGGGUUUGGACAGUAUAGGGAUGAGCAUGAGUAGAAAGUCGAGUGCAGCGGGGCCGCAGGAGGGGGGGAGGCAUGCAGUUAGCAAGUUCAGAAGAGCAGUCAGCGUGGAAAUAUCGAUAGAAGAUAGAAAGAGAGGCAACAUUGCGGCGGAAUUUAAGAGGUAGAAGACUAUCAGUAUGAGGAGGAGAGCUGAUGAGACGAAGAGCCUUUGCCUCCACUUUGUCCAGAAGAGCUGUGUGAGUGGAGCCCCCCCACACAUGAGAUGCAUACUCCAUACGAGGGCGGACAAGGCCCCUGUAUAUGGACAGCAACUGUGCAGGGGAGAAGAACUGGCGGAGACGGUACAGAACGCCCAGCCUCGAGGAAGCUGAUUUAGUAAGAGAUGAGAUAUGAAGUUUCCAGUUGAGAUUUUGAGUUAAGGAUAGACCGAGGAUGUUUAGUGUUCUCUUACCAACAAAACCUUAUGAAUGUUUCCCUUAUUGAAGCCCUUCAUCCAUUUAUAAACCUCGAUCAUGUCUCCACGCACUCUUCGCCUUUCUAGAGAAUGCAAGUUUAACUGUUUGAGUCUUUCCUCGUAUGGCAAGUUUCUCAACCCCUGAAUCAUCUUAGUCAUCCUCCUCUGCACCGAUUCUAACAUUCUGAUAUCCAUUCUAUAGUAAGGUGACCAGAAUUGAACCGCAUAGUCAAGAUGAGGUCUAACUAAUGCUAAAUAUAGUUUGAGGAAGAUUUCGGCGCUUCUGUUGCUUACGCUCCUUGAAAUAAAUCCCAGUACCCUAUUUGCUCGAUUUCUAGCUUGAAUGCAUUGUGCCCUUGGACGGAGAUCAAAGCUCACUAAGACCCCUAAAUCCCUCUCGCACCCAGACCUGCUUAUGAGAGUGUCAUUUAAGCAAUAGUUAUGAGAGGGGUUAUGCCUACCUACACUCAGAAUACAGCACUUCCCUACAUUGAACUCCAUCUGCCAUUUAUCCGCCCAGUCAUUCAAUCUGUUUAGUUCACUCUGGAGAAUACUAGCGUCCUGAUCCGACUCAAUUACUCUACCGAUCUUGGUAUCAUCUGCAAACUUACUAACAUCACUACCAAUUCCUGUAUCUUAGUCAUUGAUAUAAAUAAUAAACAAAAGUGGACCUAAUACCGAACCUUGUGGGACCCCACUCGUAACACAUCCCCAGUCAGAUCUUUUACCAUUGAUUUGCACUCUUUGCUUCCUAUUGCUAAGCCACGCCUUGACCCAGUUCAAAACUUUACCCUCUACUCCGUGAGCCUGUAAUUUAAGCAACAGUCGUUGGUGAGGAACUUUGUCAAACGCUUUACUAAAAUCAAGAUAGAUUACAUCAUAAUUUUCAUCUCUGUCAACCGCCUCAAAUACUUUAUUGUAGAAGGACAAGAGAUUGGUGAGGCAUGACCUACCUUUCGUGAACCCAUGCUGCGAGUCGUGAAUUAAGCUAUGUUUCUCUAGAUGCUCCCGAAUGUUCCUGGCCAUUAUGGACUCCAGCAUCUUGCCUAUAACCGAUAUUAAGCUAAUUGGGCUAUAGUUUGAAGCAACUGACCUGUCCCCCUUUUUGAAAAUCGGCGUCACAUUAGCUGCUUUCCAUAGUCUCGGCAUAUAGCCAGUAUUUACCGACAUCUUAAAGAUGUCGGUUAGUGGGUCACUGAGUACAUCACCUAAUUCCUUUAAUACCCUCGGAAAUAUCUCGUCAGGACCUUGCGACUUGUUCUUCUUAAGCUUACCUAUCUCAUCCUGAAGUACUUGCCUGGUAAUGAUUAUAUCCCUCAAUUUUUCGUCAUCCCCGCCCUCGUACACCUGAACCCUUUCCGGAAUAGUCGUUCGAUCCUCUUGUGUGAAUACUGAAAGGUAGUAGUCGCUCAACAAUGUGCUCAUAUUUUCGAAAUUUUCUACUAGCUCCCCUGUGUUUGUUUUCAGCGGUCCAAUUUUCUCCCGUGUUUUUGUUCUAUACAAUUGAAAGAAGCCCUUAGGAUUACUUUUCGCCUCAUUUGCUACUUUGAUCUCAUAGUUCCUUUUUGCUAUCCUGGUGUUUUUCUUAACUAAUCUAGAUAGUUCGAUGUACCGGCUCCGGAGAUGUGUUUCACCAUUCUUUAUUUUCUGAUAAAUUCCCUUCUUUAACCCUCUCUCGUGUUUUAGUCAUGUCCAGCUUCGAGGUGUUUAGGGCUCAGGCUGUAGCCUUGGGGCUGGAGGGUCAGGAACUCGGCCGCUACGUUGUCCAGCAGCAAGCAUCGAGAGGGACGAGCGCGUGGCCGAGAGAGAAGAGAAGCGUCUCCUGGCCGAGAGGGAGAAAGAAGAGCGGGCUGCCGAGAGAGAGAAAGAACAGCAGAGGAUCCUAGCCGAGAGAGAAGAGAAGCGUCUCCUGGCCGAGAGGGAGAAAGAAGAGCGGGCUACCGAGAGGGAGAAAGAAGAGUGGGCUGCCGAGAGAGAUUUCCAACUCGCCAAGCUGCAAGCAGAGAAGGAAAUAGAGCUCGUCCGUGUCGUCGGCCAAGGAAAAGCGGCUUCUCCUUCUUGUGAGAACGUCAGAGGACCAAAGUUGCCCACCUACCAAGAGGGAGAAGACAUCAACAACUACCUCGUCCGCUUUGAAAGGGUGGCUGAACUUCUGCGGAUCGACAAGGACAGCUACGCCGCAAGGUUGAGUUGUCUCCUCACGGGUAAGGCCACUGAACUGUAUACUUCACUGUCAGCUGACAUAACCGAAGAUUAAUCUCCUAAAGAAAGCUCUCCUCACUGGGUUCAGCAAGACGGCGGACAACAACCGUCAAGACUUCCGUCACGCCAAGAUUAGAGUUGGGGAAAAGUACCAACACUUCUCUAUCCACCUGACCCAGUUGUUCCAAGCGUGAUUGGAAGCCUCUGACGUCCCCUGCACUUAUGAAGCACGCCGGGAGUUUAUGCUCCUUGACCAGUUUCAAACUAAUUUUACCCCAGACUUGAGGAUCUUCAUAAAGGAGCGCCGGCCGAAAGAUCUUCCCGACGCCGUGAGACUUGCCGACGACUGGUCGUCUGCCCGCAACGCCUACCCGAAAGCUUCCUCUCCUAGUUCCCGAGACCCCUCUGAGGCUGCUUCGCCCACGAAAUCUUCAGAGUCCUCUCAAGGAGCCUCUGCCAACACCUCUGCCCAGCCCAGCACAGCUACCGUGAAGUGUCACCAAUGUGGGGAGGAAGGCCAUCUACGUCGGCGUUGCCCAAAGAAUCCCCGCGCCUUCAAAGAUGUCGAACCUGCUAAACCAUCAUAAUAUCAGGUAGGCUUUUGCCUUAGUGACAAAAGUGUCCCGAAGUUUUCUGUUUCGGGCACUGUUAAAUAAAGUAAAGAAACCCACAACAGCCUCACAAACACUGAAGUCUCCAACACGAAGGCUUCAACACGCCUGACUCAGCAAUGAUCCUUGCACGGCUUCUUCCUCUUCUGGCGUCCCGUCCUCAGAGUGGCAGUGACGAGGCAGCACAGCUUCGUCCUUGAAGUGGUGUAGACGUGGUAGACGAGGGAGGCGCAGGAGGAGAUCAGGGUUACGGUAGUAACGGGAGUCCGAGCGUGGAGAGGAGCGAGGUGAGGGCACCCAGAACAAGCCCACCGUUCCGAGGAAACCCAGUGAAAAGUAGAGCUGGCUGGAGCAGAACCAGGUGUUCAGGGCGGGGCUCAGCUGCUGUCUAAAGAUGAAGGAGCUGGUCGCCCACCAGGUCGCCUUCCACAGCGGGUUGAGAAGCCUCGGUGGUUCGGUCGACCGAGGCGUCGAACGGCGACAGACGAACGAGCAGCGGGAAUGUAGCAGGUUGUUUGCUGCGCCUCGGUAGUUGAACGGCUUCAUGGCGAACGAGCAGCAAGAGUGCCCCGGUCGUUCGCCACUCGGUUGGUAGUUGCCCUCACACACACCUGAGCCUGAUCUAUGCCAUCGCUUCAGCCGGUGGGGCCAUAAGGCCAUAAGGAGUGGCGGUGCAGAUCGUUGCCUCGGUGUCGGUACUGUGCUGGGCGGCACCACUCGGAGGAGUGUAGAAAAAGGACCCAGGACGGUAACAAAUUUUCUCCACGGUGCUGUAACUGUGGUGGCCCCCAUAAUGCCUCAACUAAUGCGUGUCCCGAGAAACCUGCACCCUUCUCCAGUACCCUCAGGCCUCAACCAGAAUCCUAUACCCGUCAACAUGUCACUCCUUCCUAUCGCUCUGCAACGCAACCUGGCCAUAAUGCCUGGGAAAAUCCCCUACCUUGCUCUGGACCUCGACACCCCUCCCCUGGCACUGGCCGUGAGUCCUCACCUGCCCCUGCAGUCCCCGCUGGGGAUUAGCCAGUCUCUGCACCUGCUGCUGACCUCUCUGCUUGUCUCCUGCUCGACCUCAAAAAGGAAUGGCCAUUAUCUCGGCUGUCCUGGCUCAAGUUGUCGAGCGCCUCACUGCUGUGAAAGCUCGCCCUGCUCCCUGUCCCCCUCCUGGCACGGCUCUUGUGACUGCUGGUGCUGGCGGGCCCCGUCCUCCACCCCUCUCACCGGCCGACGAUCCCCAGCAUCAGGCAGCAGCCGGUACCCCUCUAAGUGCAGUUCCUCCUGUGAAGGCUACAGGGCCACCCGUAGCUUCGCCCACCUCCAGCUGCAGUGCCCACGUUGUGAGUGACUCUGGCCCGUCCUCAAUCUCCUCUCGGCUGGAUUCACUGGAGACUAUGAUGAAGGACAUGUCUACGGCAUUGCAGGCCCUCACCACAACUGUGAAUGGCAUGGAGUCUGCUCAGCUGCAGCUCCUGGGGGCCUCCUCUUCCUCAUAAUGGCCUGUACAACACUUGAAAGGUUAUGUGACUCACUCUCUCGGACCUGGAGAUUGUAGCAGCAGAGGAUUAACAACUUAUGUCAGACAAGGACUUCCUGUUACUUUUCAAGAGAUGGGGGUUAACGGGGGUAUGGAGUUUCUUAUUGUAUGUUUGCAUGUUCCUAUAUAUAAUGGUCCCCUGUUCUGUGUAAAAUUGUAUGUCCAUUCUCAUGCCUUUCGUGCUGACAACCUCCCAGGUUGCUUCUUGGAAGAAAAAGCAUUGCUGAUGGGAGAUGUCAAUGCUCGUCAUAAGGACCUAGGCAGUCACUUGACCACCAAUAUAAACGGGGUUAGAUGGAAAGCUUUUCUUGACGCCACAGAUACAGUAACGCUCACAGGUGACGAUGUCCCUACACACACUCAGGGUGGCAGGAUAGACUAUGUGGCCCUGUCUAACAUGUCCCCGUGCUCUAUUGAGACUCGCCUGUCGCCAACUUUACUCAGCGACCACUUUGCUCUGGAAACUACUCUCCCUUGGUCUUUUGUGCCUAUUACACUUAGGAAGAGGCUUACUGUUCCUGCUGCCCGUGUGCCAAGGCUUGUUUCAUGUGUUGAGUCUUGGUACACUGUCGCCAAGGACACCUUUUCUGAUGUUAAUUCCUUGUAUCAGGGCUUUGUUGAAGUUACUGAAGGCUUUGUGUCCCCCAUCUCAUAGAGCUCCUAGGAUGCAUGCCGUCACUCGUUGCUCCUCCUCUUAUGCUAAGGAUCCUGUUAUUUUUUUCUUGCCAGCAAACUCUUGCCACCUACCAGAGGCGGUCGCAGCGUGACCCCACCGACUAUGAUGCCAGGGAUGCGAUGAUGUCCGUUGCUCGGCACCUCACUGACCUUCGUCAACAGGCUCGGGGUGACUUCUUGGGGCGGCUGCGUAAGACUCAGACCCUGCAGAGGAUUUGGCUCCAUGUCAACAGGGUCAGGGGCAAACCUAACCAUCCCGUUAGGGAUCCUGAUCCUGCUGGGAGGGCCAGACACUAUUGCAAACAUGGACACGUGCCCCUGCUGUGGAUGAGCUGCCUGCCGCCCAUAGAGAUGCUAUCAUCUGCCAUCAACCCCGGUGCAUGGCCCUUGCACACCAUAAUGUGACCCUGGUUGACGAUACUUGUGUCCCUAUUACUCUGGAUGAGCUCGUACGUGCUAUUAGGCCUGGCAAGUCGACGGCCUCUGGUCAGGAUGGCUUAACCUAUGAUGUCCUUUACCCCCCCCCCCCUGAUAACCCCAACCUUGAUUUAUUUAACAUGUCAUAUUCUUCUAGUAUUUUGCCUCGAUCAUGGAAAUCUGGUCUCAUUGUUCCCAUGCAUACCUAAGGAAAUUACUUGCCGCACAGUCUGUCGUAUAAUUUGUCAUGGGGACACUCAGCUUAAGUAGGCCCUUGGUAAUAUUCAGAACACCCCUAACAUUCCGGCCAAAUCGUACCUUAGAAAGCUUCACAAGAUCUUAUCUGACCUUGGUGUCCUUGACCCGUGUCUUGCCCUCAUUAGCAGCCCUUGUUAUCCCACUUGGAACCCUCACAGAGUCAGUGUUGAUAUAGAAAAAUUGGAUAAACCUAAAGACUCCUGGCUUCCUCAAGUCCUGCAGGAUCACUUUAUGACCAAAUUGUCUGCUUAUCCCCGUACCAAGGCUGUCCAUGCUUUUUUUUUUUGUGAUGGGUCUGUCAAUGGCAGCAGGACUGGUUGUGAAUUAUUUGUUAGAGACUAUACCUCCCCCUCUAUAUACACUGACACUGAGGUUUCCAAGAGGCUUCCUGACAGUUUGUCUUCCACAAGGGCGGAACUUCAUGCCAUACUUGAGUCCCUCCAUAUCACUGUAGCUCUAUGGAAAACUGUGUACCUGUUUGAUGACAGCCAGAGUGCCUUGUAUGCACUUCUGUCUUCCUCCCCCUCUGACUGUGAUAUCGUCAACAGGUGCCUUAGUGCCCUUAGCCUGCUGGAGCGCUGUGGUGCUACUGCACACUUUAUCUGGGUGCCCUCACAUGUUGGGCUGCCCCAUAAUGAAAAGGCAGACAGACUUGUUCGUGCUGCCUCUGAUGACCUCAUUGUACACCCGAGUGUUGAGUACACCUAUAAUUAUGUUAAGAAUAGACUUAGAUCCCUUGUAAGUGAGUCUGUUACCAAUCAGCUUGCCUUGAGGUGUCAGGAUGGUAGUCCCUCCAGAAUUCACUAUGCCCAGGUCUCAAGUUUCUGCACCCACACUUAUGGCAGGCUUAGUGCAUCCUAUGAUCUGGUGGUGAUGCGGCUGAGGCUGGGCUACAGAUAUUACUGGGAGGUCAGUGGGGCUGACCCUGUACCUUGCCGCUUGUGUGCCGGGCCAGGGGGUCACACGCUCAAACACUAUGUCCUGCAAUGUCCUGCUAUUAGUGCUUACCGCCCACAGGGUCACUGGGACAUGCCUGAGCUGGUGGGUGGUUCAUUAACAAUAAUGUUCUGUCAGCUGUGCUUAGCGAGUAUCCUGCAUUUGCCCCUAGAUUGUAGUUCAUAUGUUCAGUCCCUUAUGUCUGCCCCCUUGAUUUCAUCAAGGCUUUUUUUCCUUCCUUAUUUUAGCACUUGUUUCCUACCAUUGUACCUUUUUCGCUUCAUGGUGCUACCUACACAUGUAUUAAUAGUUGUACAAUCACACUAUGUACUGCCUGGGGGUUGGGACGGCAUGUCCCUCCCUUCUCCUUUGUUGUAGACCUGCAACAAUAAACUAUCACCCCUCCUGAACCCCUACGAGGCCGCCGUCGCACUCAGCCACACACGCUGGGACACGCUUGCCUACCCAAUGGAUUUCUACGCCCAUGAGAACCUCGGAGACUGGACCCCAAACCACAAACCUCCGUGUCCGUGCGGCAAGACUCGUGCCACGGGAUGCAAGGGGAUUUAGGUGCUUGCUAACAACAAGCCCACUCCAUCCCAAGAAAGUGGAAGCAAUUCUGUUAGCUUGUUGUCUCCAUAACCUCAAAAGGAUCAGGUAUCCAUCACAACAUGCCGCCUUAAUUGAUGAAGAGAAUCGUGUCGCCCACCAAGUUGUUCCAGGUGCUGGAGAGAUGGUGAUACACUCGCCUCUAUCGAACAUGUGCGAGGGAACACUGCGACAGUGGCAGCGAAAAACCAGAGAAACUACCUCCGAGAUUACUACAACUCUCCUGCUGGGCGUUUGGAAUGGCAAGUAUGGAGGUAUCAUUUACGUAAUAGUAGUAGUAGCAGCAGUAGUAUUAGUAUUAGUAUUAGUAUUAGUAGUAUUAGUAAUAGUAGUAGUAGUAAUAGUAGUAGUAGUAGUAGUAGUAGUGGUAGUAGU